CGCUGCAGCGGCCACUCACUCAGUGGUGUCAGUGUUGUCUGUGGCGUCGGGCGGGUUGGUUGUGUGUACCUCUCCACCACCACCACCUCCUGCAACACUCUACCACCACAAAUAUUUCCUGAUCGCAUAGGUUGCCUCAAUGCCCCGCCUGGUUCGCUAACUGGAAAAUAUUCUCGAUUAGUUAUUUUUGAAAAAAUAUAUAUACCACACUCGGAUUAGAAUAGUUGCGAUUAGUGUUUUAGGUAAAAAAAAAUUAUUGGGUAAUAGUCCAAAGUUUUUCGUUUAUUGGUUGGGCGGUUAUCGUGUUUUCUCUCACUUACUCUUUUCGUUUUCUCUUCUGCGCGCGUUUCCUCUCUUCUCCCACCUGCUGGUUCCCUCCUCCGUCUCCGCCCUCUCCAGGUUAUUUUUACCUUCUCGAGAGAAGUCUAGAUGACUCUAGCGCCUCAGCUCAGCGCGUAGUUAUAGGUUUCGUGGGCAGCUGUGUCGCUCGUGUGCCCAGUACUGUGAAGUGCCGCCAGGAAACAACGUCUAAGCUACCAGGGUGUUCCUCUUCAACCCCCUGCCUUCUACAGCGUCGCCAUCAGCAGCAAGCAGCCGUCCUCAGCAGCAAGCAGCCGUCCUCUUCUUCAUCUGCCAGCUUGACCAAGGAGCUCCCCGCAAUGGCCCAACCGUUCGCCGACCCCCUCCCACAACUAAAUCGGAGUAGAAAGAUGUUGGAGGACGCAGAUCGACCUGGGUUCUUCAAGGACUACUACAAGGCGGUGCGGAAGGCCACUUCUAAUGACCAGUUCAAUGAAUUCUCCAAGUUGAAGACCGACGAGGAGCGUUUCCGCUUCUGCUUCAACCUCCCCGCGGCUCAUGACAUCGAUAUUAGAACAUAUUUCAAGGGCAAAUCCGAGAAGGAGGCCAUGGAGAAGAAAGAAGCGGGUAACAAGUGUUUUGGGAGAAAGAACAAUGUGGAGGCUUUAAAGCUGUAUAGCCAGGCGGUGGUAAAGGCACCUGUGCCCUCGGGUAAAUAUUGGAAGUUAAUCAAAGAAUGUGCGGACCCACGGAAGAUGACUCUGUAUGCCAUCUGCCUUGCCAACCGAUCUGCCGCGCUCUACCACCUGCGGGAGUACCACUAUUGUGUCAAGGAUAUCGAUGAGGCACUUGAACACCAUUACCCAAAGGAACUUAAAUACAAACUGUAUAAGAGGAAAGCUCGGCUGUUAUCACACAUGAAGCAGCAUGUUGACGCCCGAGACGCCUACCGUCAAGCUCUCAAGUGGCUCGACUGGGCCAAGAUGGAGAGGGAGAAGAGGAUUGAACACCAAACCGAGAUACAGAAAUGGCUUAAGAUGUAUGAGACCGGCAAGGUUGUCAAGAAUUGGGAUGUACCUGAAGGAUAUAUUGAACCAGCUCCACUCAUUCCAAACCUAACUGGUGGAAGCAACGAGCGAUUCCCUUCACUUUCCAAGAAAGUUGACGUUAAGUAUGACAACAACCAAGGUCGUUAUGCUGUGGCUGCUGAAGACAUUGAGGUCGGGGAUGUCAUCGCCACAGAGAAACCCUUCGCUUCUGUGCUCCUGCGUGAAGAAUAUGGAAAUCACUGUCAGAAGUGCUUCAAAGUAACUAAAGCUCCAAUUCCAUGCAAGAAAUGUUCGAGUGUAUUGUUCUGUUCUGUGGAAUGUCGCCAAGAGUCAUCCUUCCACAGCAUCGAGUGUCCCAUCCUCGACCUUCUUACGGGAUCUGGAAUGUCCAUCAAUUGUUUCUUGGCAUUCAGACUCGUCACUCAAUAUCCCUUAUCUUUCUUCCUGGACUUUAAAGACCAACUUACCGAGGAGGAUCCCAAGGAUACAACCAACAACAAGCAGGUGUAUGAUCCAUCUGACUUCCUUCGUCUGUACCAUCUAGUAUGUCAUAGUCAGUCUCGCACACCUGAAGACUUCUUCCACCGUUGCAUCAUGAUUGUGUUUAUGGUGAAAGCACUGAAGAAAACAAAGUAUUUUGAAACUAAAGGGUCAGCAUCAAGCACGUGGAGGUCAGUGACGCCUCGUGCUGCACAGCUAACAUGCUGCGCAUAUCCCCUGUUUAAGGAUAAAGGUGAUAAGAUCACUGAUACAGAAGCCUUUGUGGGAAGCCUUCUGCUGAGGUUCCUUCAGAUAGUGCAGUUCAAUGCCCACGAGGUCUCUGAGUUUGUAUUAGCUGCACCAAAGUGUUUUGAUGGAUCCAAGAAUGAAUCUCUGGGUGCAGCCAUUUAUCCAACUCUUGCCCUCUUCAACCACUCCUGCCACAGUGCACAAGUCAGACUCUUCAGUGGCAACCAGGUUAUCACAAAGACAAUCAGACAGAUCCGUAAGGGUGAUCUUAUCCCAGAAAAUUACGGCCAGAGUUUCACAUCCAAAAUCAAAAGCGAGCGGAAAGCGGAGUUGGCAGAUAGAUAUUGGUUUGAAUGCAAUUGUGAGGCAUGUCAGAAGGACUGGCCAAUGUACAAGGAUAUGACCAAUUCAGUGUUAACAUUCAAGUGUCACAAAUGCCAAGGCCCCCUUCCAGUCAACACUGAAAACCUCUUGAUUCCAUUCUUCAAGUGUGAGAGGUGUGGUGACCAAACUAACAUUUUAUCUUCGCUGAAAAACCUACAGAAUACUGAGCAGACCUUCAAGGGAGCAUGUAAAGAAAUGGAACUUUUCAAUCUGGAAAAAGCAGAUAACCUGCUGGUAGAGAAUUUGAAGCAGCUAGAAUCCUGCCUUUACGCACCAUACAGGGACUAUCACCUCACACAGGAAGCAUAUAUGCGCGUCUGUCUCUGCCAAGGAAACAACAAGGUUAAGUCACUUAAAACUGAGGAAUAAGUGAGGUAGCAUAAUUCUGUUAGGGAUUAGAGAAUUUAGGAAUUCCAAAAAUACACGUGAUUAAAUUGUUGAUUGUAUGUAUACAUAAUGCAGUGUUCAUAGAUUACAUGAAUGGAAUUACUUCUGUAUUGUAUUUAUUAUUCUGAAAGCAGCUAUAUAAUGUAUGUAAUUCAGAAUGAAAAGAUGAAUUUUUAGAUAAUUAAUGUACAUGUAAAUUGUGUGUCUGAUGCUGAAUUUUUCUCACACGAAAAAUUAAAGUUACCGUAAGUAGACAUGCUUUGCUGAAUGCUUGCUAUAAAUGUAUAUACUAAGAUAUUAGUCAUCAGUAUGAAUAACUCCUAUUACUGCACUUUCCAGCUUGGUUCCUCCUCUCUGACUGACUUGUAGAUACUACCCAAGCAUGUAUCUGUUUUUUAGAGGCAUAAAACAUUAGGUAGGGAAGUUCAUAAUAAUACUCAGGCAUAGAUAUGCUCACCAGGGGCAUAAAAAAUUGGGAAUUGAUAUCACUUUCCAAGAAUAUUGUUUAUGCAUUCAUCAGAGGCAUAAACUGUAGAAAUUAAUAAUAGUAUGCAAACAUGUACAUUAUAUUGUAUAGGUUCAACAAAGGCAUAGAAACUAGACAAAUUAAUAGCACUUCAGUACCCAAGCAUAGGUGUGUCCAUUAAAGAGGCAGGAAGGGGGGAGAAAAAA